CACGGAUCCGCAAGCAGAGAGAGGAGGGCUGAAUCCAGGCAGCGGACAGGCCGAGGCGCGCAGGGCCGAGUGGAGCCGCGGCUGUCAUGACAACGGCGCGCGGGUGGCACAGUGUCUAGGAAACCGAGCGGCGACGUGUGACGAGCAGGAUCAAAAUCAGGAGAGAGGAAGAGAGGUGUCACCUGCGGACGACUUCUGACCUGCGUACCCACCAGCCAGCUCUCCUGCUGCUCCCGCUCUUCUGGCAGCCAUGGAUAAGGACUAUGAGAAGCGGCUCCUUCGACAAAUUAACUUCCACAACGUGUCCAACAACGUCCUGCUGCCGUCGGCAUCUCUAAAUUCGCCGGUCAGCCUUCAGAAGACCGGGGAUCGUUUUAUUCCCGCCAGAGCUGGUUCCAACUGGAGCAUCAACUUCCACACGAUAAACGAGAAUGGCAAGUCCCCCAAUCACAGCAAGAGGUCUAAGGACACCAGUGCAGACAAUGGCAAAGAUGGCAUGGCCUACGCUGCUCUUUUGAAGAAUGAGCUUCUCGGGGCCGGAAUCGAGAAAGUCACUGACCCCCAGACAGAGGACCGCCGCUUCCAGGUGCCCAUGCAGGAGCGCCGCAACUUGUUUCGGUACGCAGUGAGCAGCAAGAAGGUCCUGAGUGACGGUGGCAACGAGAUCUCCCCGUACUCGCUUUCUCCCCUGAGUAAUAAGAGUCACAAGCUGCUACGCUCGCCGAGGAAGCCCACAAGGAAGAUCUCCAAGAUCCCCUUCAAGGUUCUGGACGCCCCGGAGCUGCAGGACGACUUCUACUUGAACCUGGUCGACUGGUCCGCCUCCAACGUGCUGAGUGUGGGACUGGGGGCCUGCGUGUACCUGUGGAGCGCGUGUACCAGCCAGGUGACUCGACUAUGUGACCUGUCGGCCGAUGGGGACUCGGUGACUUCGGUGUGCUGGAGUGAAAGGGGCAACUUGGUGGCUGUUGGCACUCAUAAGGGCUUUGUGCAGAUCUGGGACUCGGCAGCUGGCAAGAAAUUGACCUGCCUGGACGGCCACUCGGCUCGAGUCGGGGCUCUGGCCUGGAACGCGGAGCAGCUGUCCUCCGGAAGCCGGGAUCGUCUCAUCCUGCAACGGGAUGUGCGCAGCCCACCGGUGCAGAGCGAGCGCCGACUGCAGGGUCAUCGGCAGGAAGUGUGCGGCCUCAAGUGGUCGCCAGACCACCAGCACCUGGCGUCUGGGGGCAACGACAACAAGCUCUUUGUGUGGAACAACUCGAGUCUGAGCCCAGUGCAGCAGUACACGGAGCACCUGGCGGCCGUCAAAGCCAUCGCCUGGUCACCUCACCAGCACGGUCUGCUGGCCUCGGGCGGGGGGACCGCUGACCGCUGCAUCCGCUUCUGGAACACGCUGACCUGCCAGCCCUUGCAGUGCGUCGACACGGGUUCACAGGUGUGCAACCUGGCCUGGUCCAAGCAUGCCAACGAGCUGGUCAGCACUCACGGCUACUCGCAGAAUCAGAUCCUGGUCUGGAAGUACCCGUCGCUUACGCAGGUCGCCAAGCUCACUGGACAUUCCUACAGAGUUCUCUACCUGGCCAUCUCACCCGACGGAGAAGCAAUCGUAACCGGAGCUGGAGACGAGACCCUCCGCUUCUGGAACGUCUUCAGUAAGACGCGUUCCACCAAGGAAUCCAAAUCCGUUCUGAACCUGUUCACCAGAAUCCGGUAGUCGCUGGACGAGGCGACGAAUUGGCAGCUGUGGUCACCUCAUCGUGUCUCUUUAGUCCCCUGCCACUUGAGGAGGAAUGCGGGUGAACGUCUCCUCGUGGCCGAGCGUGCAGACAAGAUGGCGUCAUCCUGGAUAUUUGAGUCGACCUCAGGGCUGAGCAGCAGUGGGCGUCAGAGUAAGGAGGAAGAGCUCGGCCAUGGCCACGUCCCAAAUGGUGUCCUUGUCACCUGCUCUGUGGGGUGCUCCUCUAUUGGCCCUGUGGCACCCCUAGCUGAAGCCUUGGCACAUUUCUUAGGUGGCCAACACUGGCAUCUGCCAUCCCAGUUGGAUACCCUGCUGAUAGGGGGUGGACAUGGAGAUGUCCAGCACAUGUCCAUCUGCCACUUCUCACAUAAGCCAGACACACGCUGAGGGCAUAUUGAACAGAUAUAGACAGGUGCUGGCAAGAUUGGC